AUGAAAGGAGUAGGUGUAGGUGCAGAUCCUGUCGUAGGAGUUGUUGUAGAGGAGUGGCUGGAGCUGGUGCCCUGCCCUGGCCAGGGGCUGUGGCACAUAGUAAUCCGUGAGAGCGUGGAGCGUCGGAGCAAAGGCAGCAAAGGAGCGAAAGGAGCACACAGCACACUGCAACUGCACGGCUCGGCUUGGCCUGAAACUCUGAAGGAAACUGUGAAGGAAACUCUGAAGGAAACUGUGAAGGAAACUGUGAAGGAAACUGUGAAGGAAACUGUGAAGGAAACUGUGAAGGAAACUGUGAAGGAAACUGUGAAGGAAACUGUGAAGGAAACUGUGAAGGAAACUGUGAAGGAAACUGUGAAGGAAACUGUGAAGGAAACUGUCUUGAGGACUUAUGGGAAUUCAAUGGAUUUCAAAAAGAAUACUCAAGGUCUAAGGAAACUAUCGAUCAAG